UACAUAGUGCCAUAUGCCGGGCCAUAUGAUGACGCCACUUGAUAUUUCAAGAUAGAAUUAAAGACUUGGAAAUGCAUUGAAGGUACAGUGUAGCAGUGGUUAUGAGAAGGCUUGACAUCCAACAGAUAGGAUAUCUUCUCCGGCCUUGCAUCUGUUGGAAUGAUGACGUAAAUGACGCCUUAUAUGGUAUUUCUGUGAUAAAUUUUAACAAAACGAUUUGAAACCAGAGGAACUUUCAGUUGUCAUUCAAGGGAAAAUACUUUUGUGUAAGCUGCUUACUAAGUGCAUGCAGGUCCAAAGGUUCAUGACGCAUUUGAAUGUGAUCUGCGCUGAGACAAAGAUAAAAUAGGGAUACAUCUCGGAACACCCCAGUUAUAUCACAACUGGGAUAUCUAGUCAUAGGUUCACACGAAAAAAAAGAGUGUUCCUCUGAGGGGAAUAAACUGAGUAUAGAAAAAAUAGUGAACCAUGUAUUCUAGCCAAGAAAAGUUUGAAAUGGGCAGUGCGUUAACAAUUAAGGAAGCCAAAAAGGGAACAUUCAUUAGCCACUGCGUCUGCGGAAUCCUCAUCAUCUUAGUUUGCGCUGUCAUUGCAUGCGUUGGGCUUAUCGUUCACUUUGCAGUCCCCAAGCCUGAUUGCAAAUGUGACUGUAGUGGAGUUACCCCAAUAUCGCCCGAGGCUCAAUGGCAAGAAUGUCUCGCAAUUUCAGAGACCCGGGGCGAGUGUGCCUGUCCAUCUUCCUGGACAACAACUAAAGCGUCGCCCAUGACGUCAUCACCCAUGGUGCCGGAGACCUCACCAACGACACCUGACGUUUCUACACCCGCACCUACCUCCGCCCCUAGGAUUCUAAAUAACCGGCUCAACAGUACUGUCGUACCCUAUCAUUACGAUAUAGAACUGAAGCCGUACGUGUACGACGGUGAGACUACGUUUGGACUAGACGGGUCGGUAACUAUGUACAUGACAUGCGAAAUGGCAACAGAUGUUGUCGUGUUCCAUACUGACCAAAUCACCGUCAACGAGUCGUCAAUCGUUUUCCAAGACGACGCUGCGAACCAGAUUGCUGUAACACGAUGGAGUUACGAUAUUGAUAGGCAGCACUUCAAACUCUACUUGGCAGAGACUCUCGUUGUCUCCACCAACUAUAUGCUGAGCAUGACAUAUAACGGCACCCUUCUUCACUCAGACUACGAAGGCUUUUACCUGAGUUCAUACACACCCAUGGCCUCCCCUAAUACUACAAGAUAUCUUGCUACGACUCAGUUUGAACAGACUGGCGCCAGAAGAGCUGUACCCUGCUUCGACGAACCUGCCAUGAAAGCCACUUACAAUGUGACCUUGGUGAGGAAGGCAGCGUGGAGUUCAUUGUCAAACAUGAAUAUAUUGUACAAUGAAACAAGGGGAGAUGGUUGGGUAGCAGAUGUUUACAACAAGACAGUUGUCAUGUCUACCUAUCUUCUGGCCUUUGUUGUAUGUGACUUUGAGUACAAGGAAAGAACAACUCCAAGAGGAACAAUGUUCAGGAUUUGGGCAAGAUCUGACUAUAUUGAUUAUGUAGAUUAUGCACUCGAGGUCAGUGGAGAGAUUAUGGAGUUCUUAGAGGAUUAUUACAACAUUACAUACCCACUUCCCUAUACAGAUCAAAUUGUGAUUCCUGACUUCCGGUCCGGGGCCAUGGAAAACUGGGGCUUAGUUACAUAUAGAAAUACAAGAAUGUUGUUUAAUCCCAAAUACUGCAGACAGGCUGAUAAAUUCUCCAUUGCUGAAGUGAUUGUCCAUGAACUUGCACAUCAGUGGUUUGGUAAUCUGGUGACAAUGGAAUGGUGGGAUGACAUUUGGCUGAACGAGGGGUUUGCCACAUAUUUCGAGAGCCCAGGAGUUGAUGCAGUCGAACCUACAUGGAAAAUGAACCAGAUUGCUCUUCGUGUUGCACAGAGCAUCAUGAGACGAGAUGGAGGCGACUCACAACCUGUAUUUGUCAAAGAUAUCGAGCAUCAUACCGAACUGGGCAAAGCGUUUGCAUCUAUCACUUAUAGCAAGGGAGGAUCUGUAAUUAGGAUGAUGAAAUACUUCCUUGGGGAAGAAACAUUCAAGAGAGGAUUGUCGGAAUACUUGAAGAAAUAUGCUUAUAGUAACGCCGUACAUGAAGACCUUUAUAAAGUUCUCUCAGAUCAAGCAAUUAUGGAUCAAGUAGACUCAUGGGAUAACAAGACGACCAACUUCUCCAACAUUAUGGAUACUUGGAUUGAGCAACAGGGUUAUCCUGUCUUAACAGUUACAAACAAUUACGAUGGAAAGGUUACCUUUAAGCAAGAUCACUUCUUAUAUGAUGCCAACAUUACACUCAAAGAUGAAUCUCCAUUUGGAUCGUACAUGUGGAACAUUCCUAUUGUUUACCAAACCAGUGCUGGUGUGGAUAAAGUGUGGAUGUAUAUGAACGAGAAAGAGGCCACGAAGCCAGUUGCAGCAGCACCUACGGACAUGUCCAAGUGGUUUUUGGUGAAUGUAGAGGGCCAAGGUUACUACAGAGUGAAGUACAACUUGGAAAACUGGGAUGCAAUCCUCGCACAACUUUCUGCUGAUAACUCUGCAUUUGCCGUAGAGAACAGAGCUCAGAUCGUAGACGAUGCUUUCCAAAUGGCGAGAGCUGGUCAACUGAGUGAAAUGCAGGCUUUGAGGACAACUAUUUAUCUAGGAAGCGAGCAAGAGUAUAUGCCAUGGUACGCUGCUUAUGUCGGACUGGACUACAUCGAUUUGAUGCUGAGAAGCACUGUCACAUAUGGAGAUUACUCAAAAUACAUGCUGGGACGUAUUGCUCCAGCUUAUGGCUUUGUUGGCUGGGAUGAUUCCUCUGCAACCGAACACACAGAGAAAUAUUUGAGAAUUAUCAUUUUGCGAGAAGCUUGUAGGAAUCGUCACAAGCCUUGCCUUGAUGAAUCUGUAAAACAAUUCGCAGCUUAUAUGACUAACUCAACCACGAAUCCUAUAUCAACCAAUCUUAGAAGAAUCGUUUAUUGCAAUGCAAUCCGAAACGGAGGAGCUGCAGAAUGGGAGUUCAUCUUCAACCUUUACGUUACUCUGGGCAACAGUCUUGAUUAUAUUGCCUACGAGAGAGGAGCCCAGGGCGAUGCUUUAGCAUGCACUAACGAGGAAUGGCUGCUUAGAAAAUACAUGGAGUACGGAUACAACAACGAUAUUGAUGUUAUUGUACAGAGAGUAGCACGAAAUGAGGCAGGGUGGAGAAUGGUAUGGGACACAGCUGAUCAAAACAUAGGAUCAGAUGGAAAGUCUCUAAAUUUCUGGGCAAAUGUCAUGACAGCAUUGACAGAGAAGUUCAAUACAGUACAAGAGAAAGCAAAGCUGCAGGCAUUGGCAGACAAGCACCGAGGAAAGGGCCUAGAUGCAUACAUGACAACACUCCUGAACCGCGUCCAGACUAACAUCGACUGGAUGGCAACUAACUUCAAUGAUAUCAAGAUGUUCCUCGAUCAACAGAAUGCAGGGUCAUAUGCACAGUCAUACUCUUUGUCAACAUCCUCUCAGAAGUCAAGCAUCAGGGGUCAUGUUGAUCUAACAGUCCAGGGCGAGGUCCCUUAUUUGGACAUACGCGGCGAUGUUGACAUGCCAUAUGAAUUUACCUCUCGUGUUCUGUAAAUGUGAAGACGGAUGUUCUAGAAAUAUCUCCACUGGAAGUAGGACCCAUGGUUUCGUGCAAAUCAAUACAUGUUUAUUUCCUCCAUUUGCACACUGCACGAAAGACUCAUACACUCAAAUUAUACACAUUCAUGUACAAAUUCUCUUAAAUCAUGUUCUAAUUUCCCUUCUAUAUGAAGAACUGUACUGGAAUACCGCAUUGACAAUGCUACUCCCAUCUUCCGAUCGCAGGGCUUCAAAAUCCAGAAUA